AUGCCUACUUACAUUGUCACAUGCAAGCCGGACGCGACCCCCGCGCAGGUCCAACAAGCCAAGGAUGACGCAGUUGCCCAGGGCGGCAAGAUUGGACACGAAUACAACUUAAUCAAGGGCUUCUCUGUGGACUUCCCUGAUAACGCUGUUAGUGCUUUCCAGAAGCAUGAGCAUGUCGAACACGUCGAGCUGGACCAGCCUGUUAGAAUCCAGUAA